CGUAGAUUUCUUGAUUCAUAAUAAAACGAACAUAUGCCAAUAAUAAUGCUGCAUUAUCAGGUAAAGUUGACUCGUCCAGUUGUAUAGAGAAAUGGGUCUCCUGUUGCUUAAGGGAAUUCUUUUAGUGAUAUCAGAUGCAGGUUUGUGUAAAACAGUUUUUAAAACGUCUUCAACGGCUGGCAAAAUUAACUUAUCUCCGAUAGUAUGCGGUUUUCCGGAUUUUGCUAUAAGUAACGAGAUAUAUUGUAAGACGCCCGCAAACCAUCAUCAUUUCUUUGUGACGUCGAAGCGAACAUUCUGUCCAGUGUAG